AUGCCACGAUUCACGAUCGGCCCCAAAAAUGUGUUCUAUCCAUUACAAAAUACGUUUGGAGUGGGCAGUUACAAGCCGGAGCAGGUUGGAAUAAGAUCAUUAGCUUCAGUGGUGGAAAGCUCGUCGAAAAAAGCCAGCGUCAACGGCAAUGGAAAAGAUAUAAAAGUUAGCGAAAGGAUCUAUGAGUGGACAAAGGCAGGUGUAAAGCAAGGCAAGGAACAUUUUAAAGUUGGUGGCAACAAGGCCUAUCUCCCCAAGGCCAGGAUCAUCCUAUUAAGACCUAACGCGAAGCAUACUCCGUAUCAAGCUAAGUUCAUCGUUCCAAAGUCAUUUAACAAACUGGACCUUAGGGACUACCUUUAUCAUGUCUACGGGUUAAGGGCGAUGAAUAUCACAACACAGCUGUUGCAUGGAAAGUUCAACCGCAUGAACCUACAAACAACACGGUUCAGAGAGCCGCAGAUCAAGAAAAUGACUAUCGAAAUGGAGGAACCUUUCAUCUGGCCCGAGGAACCUCUUCCGGCUGAAAACACCUUCUGGGACAGCACAACACCUGAUAACAUGGAAAAAUACCGAGAGGAAAGACUCAACUGUCUGGGCUCAGAUGCCAAUAAACCUGGUACAGCGUUCGAUGGAGUCGUGGGGCCUUACGAGCGGGUCGCCCAGCCAUUUGUACCUCGCUUCUGGAAACGUGAAAUAAAUAAUAAGCGAGAGCGUUGUGCCGCGGAAUUGCAACGCGCAAAUAAACUAAUUGCCCUGAACAGGUACGUGAAAGAUCUACAAUAG